GGCUCGGGACCUCAGACGUGCGCCAGCUACCACAACAAGAAGAGGAGCUUGGCGGGUUAAUUUACCGUUACUUAUUCUCGCACACACACACACACGCAACAGAAGUCCAUAAACCUCCCAUAACUCAUAACAAAAACAGUUAAAAAGUUCCAAACGUCUCAGAAGAGUGGAAGAGGAAGGAACUCAGCAGGUGCCGAGCACGUCAAGGUUCAAGGCUCAGCAAGGUAUGGUGGCGUUGGUCAACCUGCUCGUACUUCUACCGCUCCUGGGACAUGCUGCCCUGGGUCUACCUCUCCUCGCAGACACCAACGAACCUGGCAGACGUGGAUGGCCGCUCACGAUGCAGCCAUCUCCCAGGGCCUCCUUUAACAACGACAGUCUUCAGACCCUACAAUGGCUCAGGGCGCUGCUGGGAGACCGCCCUGAGUCCUCCGCCUUUAUCGAUGGUGAUGAUACUCUGAGUGAGAGACCUUACACGCCCCCCAUGCCUCUCUCCAGGACCCACCACAACCCCUCCCUGGCCAAGCGCGACCAACCUGCCAAGAUUCCUACGAUGGGCCUCGGUAAGAGGUCGCCCCCUUACGUCCAGUAUGUUAGCUUAGCUGGGCCGGCAGGGGUGCUCUCUGACAUGCGAAACUUCUUCAAUGAGUUAAGGACCAACCUGGACAGUGUGGAAGAGGUCGCCCGCAGCCAGGAAAACAUCGGGCUCCUCGAUCGUCAGCAAUUCCUCAAUCUUCUGGCUAAGUACGAAGCGCACAUGCAAACCAAUGACAAGGGUAAGGGACAUCCUCCGCCCAGUGCCAACACACGUGGGCGCGUCUUCGGCUAUUCCAACUACGACCAGCCCUACGCCCAUUCUGGUCUAGGCAAGUAGGUGAGGUUCAAGCAUGAGGCCAGGUGUGAGGCAGCAGGAAGAAGAGGAAGGAUGAGAGGAACUGCUUCCUGCCUCUCGCCUUCCCUUCAUCCACCUCCCCCCUCAACAGCAAGACAAGCUACCUACUUCAGGUGUGAAUUCAUAUGAAUUUGGUAUUGCUUAAAUACCCACACUUCCCCAGCCAGUGUAAACACCAGCCACUAGCAAGAGGCAAAACAUAUCAUGCAUCAUCUUCACUGGUAAAUACAAAUGCACAAGAAUGUGUACAAAUGUGUUCAAUUAUUGCCAAAUAUUUUUAUCAUGAGAAACUCUGUAACUUAAUAUUGUAAAAUCAAAUCCUACCUCUCUCCCCUAACAAAAAAAAAGAUGAUAAUAUAAUAAAAUAAAUAAAGAUACCGAACUGCA